AUAACAGCAGAUUACAGUAAUCUUGGGGCUGGCUGGACGUUACAUGGCAUCACUCCUCCUUAAACUGUCUGGAUAGUUAUCAGCAUUUAGAUCUUUGCAGUUUCAUGAGAAGUGAAGACGUAUUUUCUCUUCGGGUUGGAAACAGUUUUUUCCUCAUGUGUUAAAUCUGUGUGCAGCAACUCAACUUUCCUCUGUUAGUAUUUGAGAAGAGAAAAAUAACCCAGUUUCUUGCAGGAUUCUUGGAUUUUACUUGGAGUUCUGGUUACAGUAUGCAUGUCGUAUGAAUGUGACAAAUAAAGUUUGAUUUUAAACUGAAGUUGAAUACAGCUUAAGAAGAACUCUUUGUUUUACCUCUCUUAUGUAAAGCUGAGGCCCCCCUCCACAGUGUGCGGGACAGAGCUGCCUUCACUCCAUAAUUAUUGACAUGUCUGAUGCAGUCAGCCAGUGGAAAGUAUGGGGAAAUUGGAGUUUCACUUGUGUGCCCCCAGGCCCGCCACUGUAAUGGAAAGAUUAAAAGCAGCAGCCACAUCAGCCUCAGACUGCCAAAACACAGGCGCUGACUCCAUCACUCCCACCUCCCACCUACUUACUCUUUAACUGCACCUCUAAAAGGAUUACAGAGGAUUUUCUCAUUUUAAGACUUGAGAAAAAGCUCGGCUGUUUAUUUUUGGAGUCUCUAAGAAUAACAUCUACAACUCUUGUGGAGGGAGCUGAGGAGAGUUCCCUCUCCUGUUUGGGAGUGUCUGCUGGAGGGAGACUGGGUCAGCUGAGAGCUGCCUUUACCUUCUGCACCACUGAGCUGGAAUCACAUCUGAGUCUGCUCUGCUGGGACUUGCUCAACACAGAGGCGGCCUGCACAGCUCCCAGCAUGUCUCUCAGACUCCUGCCCGCCAUCGUGAUGGACAACGACGAGGACGACGACGGCAACUUCACCAAAUGGAUGAGCAGUUACUGGGGCCACGGGGCCGACGCCGCUCACUCCAGAGACAGGAAGCGCAGCUUCCGAAGGCCUUCCAAGACACACGUUGACCGGAGAGCAUCCCUCCCCACCGUGUCACAACUAGAUGCAAUGAAGUUAAACAAGCUCCAUGCAGCAACAAUGGCACCUGCUCCCAGAACAAGAGACGAGAAGGGGGAGGUCCGGCCUCACCCCAGAGCUCCUCGCCGUCAGUCGCUGGAGGACAACCGGCCGAAGACCGCCCUCCCAGAGAACCGCAUCACCACCAUCCCAGAGAUGACAGAGUCCUUCGAGAAAAGACUUCACCUCAGCGACAAGAGGACCAUGUCUCUGACUGAUGAUAACAAGGUGUGCCUGAUCUGUCAUGAAGAUAUGAGCAAAAGUGGAGGAGGAGCAGUCCAAAAGCUUCAUUGUACACACCGCUUCCACAAAGAGGUAGCUCGGAAGCUAGAGCAGAGCCUGCAGCGCAGAGGCAGCGAGACAGCUGCCGGUCAGGUCAGGAGGCUUUCGGGCGAAAGGAGAAGGUCUGCAGACGAAGACAUCUCCUCAGAGAAGGAGCUGCACACCCCCUAUCGUCAGCUCUCCCUGCGCAGACACCGCUGAUGAAGACAGAGAUUUAUCUUUGGAAAGUUUGAGGGUUUCCACGCUUCAGGCAGACAUCAGAGUUGUGUCUUGAGGAUUCAUGAUGUCAUGCUGCGGUUCAUGUAAGAACCUUGACCAGAUAAUCCUAAAGACAGGUUCUUUUAUUGAAGUGGGAGUUUGUUUUUCCUCAAGGAUAACAGAUUUUUGUGAUUGUACUUAUAUUUUUUAUUCCAUAUUCUGUCAGUGUUAGGUUGUAUUUAUCAACAGUGAGUGCUUAAUUUUAAUGACAAAUGUACUUUUUGUUUAAAUUUGUAUGCACAGAUGUUUCUUGUUUUGUCCUCUAACAUCUGAUUGCAGAGACAUGAUAAAGAGUCACAACUUGGAGCAGAGUAAUUAUAUAGUUAUGGUCACGUGUAAAUAUUUGGAAAGUACCCAAAAAAUUGUAUGUUUAGUGUUUUUAAGUGUGAGUUAAAUCCAAACGUCAGAUUCAGGAUUCAGCACACACAACACUGUUGCCCUUGCAGCCGAGUGUUGGGGUCACUAUUGAGCGUGCCAUGCACGUGCUUACUGUAAAACAUCCAUGUGGGGCCAAUGGCCUCCUGGCGUCAGUAUAGAAAAUCCAUAUCCACCAGAAGUGAUGGCCUGUCUGAAAAAUGGAUCCGGCGCGGGUAAUAACACGCUUCCCGAUGUGUUUUCAGUGCAUGGAGCAGUGGCUGUGGAAGAAACAGACGUGUCCCACAUGCCGCGUCCAUGUCUCCGUCAUAAAACCCCUCUACUGGUCUUCGUCCCGCACCACUGUCCCGUGACGACCCUGCUCUUGCCGUGCCCGCAUGUUUACGUGACCUGUUUGCCCAAAGACCUCCUGCAUGGUUAGACGGUGUCCCAUCGGUGCAGUUUGAGGAAAGCUGCUGUGUGGUGGAGUCUUUUUGUAUAUAAUGUUUUGUGUUUUCUUUCAUUGGUUUGUUUACAGAUAAAUAAAAAGUGAGAAAAGCUGUGAACCAACCUGCAUGUGCAUGAAGUACUCAAUCAGUCAGCUUUAACAGUUUUAGUUAACCCUUUAAACAGUGAGGCGUCAUCGAUGAAGCUUAAACACAAAAUCUUAUACUGUAACUUUUCAACCAUUAACAUGAUCAACAUAACUGUAGUAGAUUCUGAAGGAGAAAAGCGGUGUGAGUAAAUCAAAGAACAUAAACGCUGAAGCUCCAACUAUAAAAUUUGACACUAGGGACAAAAUUAACUUCCAAUCCAAUGACAAACAUGUUGAUUUCACAUUUUAAAAGAAAAACAUUCAGUAAAAACAUUAUAAACCAAUGUGAAACUGACAUUUGAGGAUUUUCUUGAACUCAACUACAUUUAGAAUAAACAGAUAUGACUUUUGUGGGAGUUUUCAUCAAUGACUGUAUAUCAGAACUGAACUGAGUGACUCCUCCCCCCUGACGUUCCAAACAGGAAAUUCCCACUAAUGUUGCAUUCACACCAAACCCAGUAGGUGCGCCGAGUUUCAAUGUUAAGAAUAUGUAAAGAUCUGAUCUGGGGUGUUGGGAGCGUCGUGUCACCGCGUCAACCAAUCAGUGACUCAGGUUUGGGCAUGUGAUGUUUUCCAUGACUAGAUAAAAGGAUAGAAAUAAACAUUUUUGUCCUGAAUUUCCACCCAAUUUCUUCCCAGAAAUUGUCCCAGUUACUGUUGGGUGAAGGCAUGAUGCAGACAGAUUGUCAGCCUGUCACAGAGCUCAUGGAGCUGGAUCGACGGCUAUGCUAGCCAGCCGCCCAGUGGCACAUCUAACAGCUGUCGCCGCUGGUGAUGGCGAUCGCCGUUGUCCAGGCUAGCGAGGCCUACUGUGGAUCCCUGUGGAGCCCGGUCUGCUUUCCCAUCGGCGGUUAACUGCCCGGCAGCACGGAGCCCAAUCAUGGGUGCUGUUGUAGCACACAGGAUCCCUCUAGCUUCAUGAACUUUGCCUUAUUUUCAUCAAGAAAUAAUUAAAAGAUGCCCAUUUUUAUUUUUAUUUUCCUGGUAUUUAUGCUCAAACUGGACGCUUCAAACAAGCCCUCAGGUGCAGCUCUUGCUGCAAGAUAAAUACAUAUAUAUAUUUAUAUAUACACAUAACCCAGAGAAUUUGAAAGAUCUGGUGAAAACGAACACAGUGAUGUGCUUCCUAGCGCCUCUGUAUAGCACUUCAAAACAUAUAAACCCAAGCUACUCGCUCAACAUCAUCCAUGUUUUCCAUGAUGUGGCAACAAAUGACUUCCAGAACGACUUCGGCAGUUGCUCCGCGGCAGGGGCGUCAAGGCGUCAAGAUAAGCAGUAAAUUUGACAACCGUCAAACGUGAGGCGGCAAACGCGAUCUUGACGCGUCCGGUGUGAAUGCACCAUAAGACUUCCACAGAGAAAUAAACAGCCAUUCUCAGUCAUUCUAUUUGCCAGUUUAGCAAUUUUUGUUUUGCUACUUUUUUCUUUUUUUUUUUACAUAUUUUCGCUAACCCUGAUUUUUUUUUCUUGACAUUUUUUCUAAAGUGCAAGUAUUAAAACUGGACAAUCAGAUGCCUAAAUAAAAGUAUGUGGUCUCCACAUCCAAUGUUCAAAAUGUUUGAUUGACAGAUUUUGAACCAAUCACCGUUUACCGAUGGGGUCUGGCUCCAACAUGGCGGCGUCCGUGUCACAAAAAAAAGGCAACUGAACUGAUCUCAUUAUGUUGGAAGCAGAAGUAAACAAUUUUCUACCUCACACUCACUCAGUCCACUUCUCUUAUACAGUCAAUAGUUUGCCCCAACAGAUAACUCUAUAGUUGAGAUAAUUUGGUGUGACGUCAGCAUGCACAUAGUUUCACACUAAAAUGUAUUAGAUAUUCCAGUAAAUCCAUUACAUAGUUGCUUUAUGCUCAGAAGCAGACCAUUGUUUGAUGAAUCCUUUAUCUCUGUUUGCUUUCACAAAUUUUAAAUUGGCUUUGGCUCCAGUUAAAAGCAGUUUUGUUAAAACACUUUGACUAAUGUAGGACCCUCUAUUUGUGUGUAUUUUUAUAAUUUGCUGCCAUGCACGCAUGUUUAAAUUAUUAGACUUGAACAUGUGUCACCAGACUUUCUCACAACCGUGCAAUCCAAAGUGAUGCUCCUAUAAAUAUAUGUUAAAAAGUAGGUGUUGCCAGAGCACACACGGGAUACUGGUGGAAAAUGGUUCUGGUGGGUUUGGAUCCACCACAGACCACUUUUAGACAUGGACUUUUGCAUGUGAACUUGUCUGUACAACAUUUUUAAACUCUUCUUUUAUGUGUUUUUUGUUGCCAAAAGGGAAGUUUAUUGUUUGUUUUAACAGCAAAAAGUAUAAAAUUACAAUGCAUUGGUCUAAGUAAAGAAGCAUUUAUUGAAAGAUUGUUUGUACACUGUUUUCUUUUGUAAAAAAAAAUGUUUCUAUUGUAUUUCUUUACCUUACAGCCUGGUAAUCUGAUUACAUUCUCCCUGGGUUUGUGGUUGAACAUCUUCAGUCUGUUUGCAAUCUGUGAUUUUAGCUUUAAAUUGGCUGCAAACACCACACAAAAACCUUGAAUUUAAGAACUUCAAAGACUUUGAGGAAUCCGCAUUCACACAUGUGUGUCCAGCAUUGGUGCAUGCCUGAAUAAAAUCUAGAAAACCCGCCCUCACUAAAUGUGCUUUGGUUUGUCGUCAACAACACCACUCCAGUCUGUGUCCUAACAUAUCAUUUACUGUAGCAACAUUGUGAUUUAGGUAAUAACACUGGAGACAGUAAAAAAGCUCAUGUUAAAUGUUCAAAGGAAGUGCUGCCACAGCAUUCAUUUCAGACUAUUAGAACUAGCAGCCAUGACAAAGGAUAAAACAUUUUACUUCUGUUUAGUUGGUCGACGUGUAUAGAAGAAUGGUUCAGAGAUGCAUCAGUAGUAACACAAGUGCAAACAUUUAUGUGAUAACAGAUGCUGAAAGGACAUCACUACAAAGUUUUGGUAUAAGUUGAACACUGCUACUGACUUUUUAUCCUCUUUGAUGGAGAUUAUUAACUGCACUGUAGCCAGAAAAGUUGCCAUAGUUACCCAAUGAAUAGUUAUAAGGAUGUUGCUGCCAAUAAAUCACUUGUCUACAAUUAUUUUUAUUUUUGAUUGUGAUUUUUUGUGUGCGAAAGGGCCUAUAAAUGUCUAAGAAACCAGAUUAUAGAUUUUAUCUGUAAACUGACAGCAAAAAAAAUAUGCUAUACAAACAAAUAUCGCAAAUUAUAAGUGUUUUUUUUAAUACCCAACAAUAAAAUUAAUAAAACAAUAAAAUACAUACAGAAAUGAGACUUUUGAAUCUGAUUAUUGAUAAACCAUCAGUUUAUAUUAUUGGAAACAAUCUUAAAUCUCUUAGUUAUUUCCAGUAAAUUAUUAUGUCUAAGUGACUAAUAUGUGUUUUGACUAAAUACUCACCGUCUAAAAAGUGUGACAAGGUCUUCUUAUCCUUACAAACAUUCACAACAGUGUCAUAAAUGCUCCAUAGAGACUAUACAACACUGCUGAAUAAAAAAAUCCAAACGAAUGUUAGCAAAGAUGGCUUUUUACAUUUUUUUUUUACAGUGGAUGCAUUUUCCAUGUUUUUCUGUCUGCUGUUCAACAUCUCAACAAAUCUCUUAAACUGGCCUUUCUCUUUAGUUUCUGAUUUUUGUUUUCAUUUUGUCUUCAUUUGAUGCUGUAUUUGUUUAUCUAUCCAUCUUUAUGUUGUGGUUUUUGAUUGUUUUCUCUUUGUGAUGUAUCAUUUGUAAACUAUCUGUUUCAUGCAAGAAUAAAACAUUAAAAUAACAUGUUGGACUAUAUUUCUGUUUUGCCAUAUUUCCUUAAGAAACCAGAUCAUUGCUUUGGGUGAAAAACAUAUACCUCAGAUGAUUUUUUUUAUUCAAUAUUCAGUGUUAUCAAUACAAACAAAUCUUCUGAAUAAUUAUGUUAAACUUUGGAGCUACUUCUAGCUUUAAAAAAAACAAGAAAGACACUUGCAUAACAGAUUUAGGGAAUAAAAGCAGCAUUUAUUAAAAGCACUUUACUGCAACCAUUUAUUAGACAUAAAAUAUAACAUAAUCAAGAUCAUUAAAUGGAAGCUAUUCAAAUUGUGUUAAAUAUGUAUAUAUUUUUAAUUUUAUUCUACACAAAAGUGAAAAUCUUGAUGUUUCCAACAAUACUCCAAGCAUAUUGUGACGGUUCACAAUUAGUCAGUGGACAAAUGUUUAAAAACGUUCUUCCAAAACCAAAAGUAAUUUGGGCCCAACUGAAAAAAUAACUAAAUGUAAAAAAAUAAUACACGGAAUAUGCCUGUUCAGUUUAGUCCCACUUGUUUGUUUCAUUUUGUUGUGUGUUUUUUUUUACCUGUUUAAAAAA